ACAUUCACAUGAGAGUCCACACAGGACAAAAGCCUUUUACCUGUGAGCUCUGUGGUAAAAAAUUUACCCAUAAGGGAAAUUCAAACAGUCACAAAGCAGUCCACGCAGGACUAAAGCCUUUUACCUGUGAGCUCUGUGAUUUAAGAUUUACCCGGAAGGCAACUUUAAACAAUCACAUGAAAAUUCACACAGGACUAAAGCCUUUUACUUGUGAGCUCUGUGAUUUAAGAUUUACCCGGAAGACAACUUUAAACAAUCACAUGAAAGUUCACACAGGACUAAAGCCUUUUACCUGUGAGCUCUGUGGUUUAAGAUUGACCCGGAAGACAACUUUAAACAAUCACAUGAAAGUCCACACAGGACUAAGGCCUUUUGCCUGUGAGCUCUGUGGAAAAAAAUUUGCCAAAAAGGUCAAUUUAAACAGUCACAUGAGAGUCCACACAGGACAGAAGCCUUUUGCCUGUGAGCUUUGUGAAAAAAGAUUUAGCAGUAAGACACAUUUAAACAUUCACAUGAGAGUCCAUACAGGACAAAAGCCUUUUGCCUGUGAAAUCUGUGGUCAAAAUUAUCGACAUAUGGAAACUUUAAAAAGUCACACGAGAGUCCACACAGGACAGAAGCCUUUUGCCUGUGAAAUCUGUGGUCGAAAUUUUCGACAUAAGGGAGCUUUAAACAGUCACAUGACUGUCCACACAGGAGAAAAGCCUUUUGCCUGUGUGCCCUGUGGAAAAAGAUUUACCCGUAAGACAACUUUAAACAAUCACAUGAGAGUCCACACAGGACAGAAGCCUUUUGCCUGUGAACUCUGUGGUGAAAGAUUUCACCAAAAGGUAACUUUAAACCGUCACAUGAGAGUCCACACAGGACGGAAACCUUUUUCCUGUAAGAUUUGUGGCCAGGGAUUAAGCCGUAAAGCAUUUUUUGCCGAUCACAUGAGUGCCCACAUGAGACCGAAGGAACUCACUAUACAAGUUCCAGAAAUGAUCAAUGUAGUUUGUGCAUUGUAGCUCUUUUGAGUGGAGAGGAUGCAGAGUGCUGAUCAUUGAUGCACUCCACAGGCAGCUGUGUCCUUCGCACAGCCACAGUAACAUUCUCAAAGUGGCGCCAUCACAGGAUACAACUGUUCAUGUCCGCUCUGUUCUGGUCCUGCUGGACCUGACUGCAGCCUUUGACACUAGCUGCGUUUUCAUGUGGCAAAUUUCCUCAAUCCGAUUGAAAUCUUGGUUGAUCGGAAUUUCCGAAUCUCUGUUCACAUGGACACGAACUGAAAUGAUCCGAUCAUGCCGUGCGUACAUACGCAUCAAGCAUUUAAUCCGAUUAAAUAGGUUGAGCAUGCGCAGAGUUGCCUUUCACGAAAGAAAAAUUGUAAACAAACGCCAUGAAACGAAAAGAAAAAUAUAAAAACAGAAAUAACUAUUCUUCCUGCUUUCCUGAUCUAUUUAUUCAAUUUAAUAUUUUUAUUUAGCUCAUAGAAGUUACGUUUUCUUCAGUAAAUAACUGCAGAUAUAUGUUUUGCUGCAUUUUAUUGUUGAUUAAAAUAAGGGAAGGUUAUGUCUGUCUCUUGAUCAGCUGGUCCGCAGGUCUGA